AUGAGUGAGCACGUUCAAACAAAUCAGUAUGACCCGAUCAUCCUGGGCCUGUACGGAGUUUUUCUUCUUUACCAUGCGCUAAAUAAAGGAAUAGUAUAUCGGCCCCGCCAUCAAGCGCUUCUGUGGCAUAUCCUGUCAGGUGCACUUGAAGUGAUCUUCUAUUAUGGGAACUUUAAUUGCUCGAUAGCGGCGGUUACGGCAUGCUGUGUGCAUUCAGUGACAUCCCUAGCUUUAGUUCAAGACCUCCCCAACGGCUACCCUCCUCACACACGACCAGCGUACCAGGCCGGAUCAAUAAUGCGACCCAUACUGGUCAUACGUGCCUACUACACGCAAAAUCCCGUUCAUUACCAUUCUAGCAUGAUGCCCCUCUAUGGAUUCGUGUACACGCGUGCAUUGAUAUUCAUUUUGGGAACAAUGGGCCCUUCGAGAGAUUUCGUCAGAAAUGUUAACUCUCCCUUUGUGUACGCCGAGUCUGUCUUAGGUGCUGCUCUUAUUUCUGUCGGCCACUGCCAUGGAUCAUGGCCUAUACCGGUCUAUCUGGUGCUUAUGCAUCUACUUGGAAAGAUCAGCUUAUGGGUCGGCGAACAGCAUGAUUAUUGCCGGUAA